GUGAUUAUCUGUUGCUGUUCAGGUAUCUAAGGUAUCUAGCCUCGGGUAUCCAGCCUCGGCAUCCGGAGUAUCUGCAACCAAAAUAACUUCGACCGCAGCCAGCAUUGCUUGCGUUGUGAUUUGCAUUAAUCGAUUUUGACUGCUCCACCCUUCAGCUCCGUGCGAACGCCCACCUUGGCACAAUACUGCGAUGAUCUAUUUUGAAUAAAUGUCGUCCUCGUACGAUUCCUCGAGAUCUCGCCGGAGGGGCGUUUGGGGACACUGGGUUCCCCUCGUCGUUACUCUUACCGUUGCGACCGUCGGCGUCGCCGCCUGGGCCUGGAGUCAACGAUCUAACGAACGUGAAGAGGAGGAGAGCGAUCCUGAACCCGUUGAUCUCGACUACGAAAAUGCUGAUUACGGCGAGAACCCACCUUACGGCGCAUUGGGAAGACCAACAAGAAGAGACUCCAAUCGUCCACCAAAUACUGAUGGUGACUCGUCCCUUCGACCUGACGAUGUAAGUUACGGCAUCGGCGAUGUUCACCCGGGAGAAAGUGGCAGCUCCGGGGGAUGGGGGUCCCAAGUUUCUGGCGCUCUACGACGCACCUCGAGUCCGCAACAGUUCCUUACGAACGCGGGCAAAACAAUGGCUGCUGGUAUGGCGGGUGUUGGCGCAGCUGUUGGUAGCGCGCUAGCUGCCAUACGGGAAGACGAUAGGACCGCAUAUGCCGAUCACGAAACAUGGUCAGAGGAAGCCGAAGCUCGAAAGGAGAAGACAUCUGUGCCGCAAGCUAAAGAAUCGAACAAAAGGCGAAAGACGGUUACGAUUGUAGUCUCUGCCGAUACGAAUAUGGACGAUUUUGAUGCGGAUGGUUUCCAUGAACAUGCUUCUAUCCUCUCUCACAUACCUCGAAGCACCGAUUUUUCAAGGAUCAAACUUUUCAUCCUAAUAUAUGCCCCGGGCCUAAAGGAUUCCACUCUCGACGCAUCAACCACUAACCUACCUCCGGCAUCUUUGAGCUCCUCUUUCUCGAACAUCGCGACUGAUCAGGCGCAGACGCCCGCAGAGGAAAUGAAAAACCCACUACUAAACUCGACUGCUAACACCCCAUUCAAUGCGGUGUAUUCGCAAGCUUUAUCCCUCGUAGAAAAGGAAUCUAUGGUUCUUCCAUUCACAUCACCCAAUGGUCAUAUCCACAUUCUUCGUCACCUACAACCCGAGACAGUAUACCUCCAAGAGUCGCUAGCUGGCGAAGACGGAAGCGUCGUUACCCAACUUCAGACAUGGCUUAAAAAUGAUGUCAUCCUUGUGGUUGGUGCUGAUGGCGGCCAUGGCGGACUUGCUGAUAGCGAGUCCGAAACAGAGAAGCCAGAGAAGCCAGAGAAGAAGGGAGAUAAUCUAUGGUGGCAGCGAGAGGAACGAGUCGGCCGUGGACGAGGUGUCGUGGUCGUGGAUAGUCUAAGGGUUGGCGACGAUUGGGCGCGCCGGAUUCAGGGUAAGGAAUGAAUGGGGGUAUAACACCUUAACGACAUGGACAUGAGUGGAUGAGUAACAUGUCUGGAGUGCUGUUUGUUUUUUUCCCUUCAGAAGUUUUGAAAUAAAUUUGAAUGUUUGGAU